AUGACCCACCCCACCCCCGAAACCCCAACCCUAGCCACCCCCGGAACAGGCCACCACCCCAGCGCAACCUCACACAUCCGCAUCGCGCGCCCCUGUCGUGACUUCACCGCCGCAGAACGCUUCUACGUGACCGGACUAGGCCUCAAAGUCCUCUGGCGGAGUGGACCCGCACACGAAGUCGAGGGCGGCCAUGAGCUGCUGAUGCUGGGGUGGCCGGGUGCGGCGUGGCAUUUAGAGCUGGUGCUGGUGCAUGGCAACGACGGAAAGAAUGCGCCGAGGCCGACGGAGGAGGAUCUGUUAGUUAUUUAUGUGGAUGGGGCGAUUGAGCCGGGGGUUGUCGAGAGGUUGGUUGAGAAUGGGGGGACCAGAGUGCAACAUUCGAAUGAGUAUUGGGAGAAGUGGGGGGUUACGGUUAGGGAUCCGGAUGGGUAUUUGUUGGUUUUGUGUCAGAGGGGGUGGAUGAAUGUUUAG